GCAAUACCACGGCGGCCACAAUCGAACAUACCCCCGCCAAGAUAUCGAAAAGUGCGAACGACAUAAGCGAAAAUAUUCGAGAUUUAAAUGAGAUUUUAGUUGUUUCAAGUCCCCCCCAAGAAAUAAAAACGACUGACCCUUCAAAGAGCGAAGAAGAGGCUGUUGCUGCUAAUUUGGCAGCCAAAUUGCCAACAGCAACAGCUACACCAUCAUCAUCAUCGGCCACAACAACGCCGGCCAAUGAUGAGACCGCUACAGCAACAAUGCCAUCAAGGCCAUUGGCUAAUCAAAGUGCACCAAUUGCCCGGCAAGAAGAUGCCGAUGAAAUGGAAGACAGCUUGGGUGAUGACAACAGCCUAGACGGCAUUUCCUCCCCCAAUGAUGAUGGCAAUGACAAUGACGAUGUUGUCAAAACCAAGGAUACCAAGGAGUUUGGCGAAGAGGCAUCAUCACAAUUACAGCAUCCGAUCGAUUUGUUGAUCAAUGAGAAUGUAGUGCGUCGCUCUAAAUCAUCGCGUGUCCGUAAUUAUUGGAAAAAAUGUAAAGAUCGUUGGCUGGCAGUGGGCAUUGGAGGUAGUAGUGCUGGUGUUGGUGCUGGUGCUAGUGGUGAUGAUGCUCACAAUCAAGCUAAUGCGGAACCAAACGCCAUUGCCAGCACUGUGGGCCACAUCAUCACCAAUGCCACAGACACGAACCUGGGACACGAUCCACUAGCAACAACAACCACAUUGCCCCCCAUGAGUGAGUCAAAUGUCAGCAAACAAGAGCGCUGCAGGCCAACCAACAUAUUGACAACUGAGAUUUCCUCAGUAAUGUCUUCAACGGCAACGCGAGCAGCAUUAGGUGAUGGUGAAGGUGAUGAUUCGACCAGAGCUGAUGUUCCAGAUAAUCAAAGCACUCAACGUCGUCGUCAUCAACAUCGUUAUACAAAUUGUGCCCUUGGGUGUGUUGAGGAAAUGGAAGACGACGAUGUCGAAGUUGAUGAUUCCUAUGAAGAUAUCGAUUUUGGUCUAGCGGGCUGUGAUGCCAUCGAUAGCUCAAAAAAUCCAAAUGUUGAUGGGGUUGUGGCAACAACAGCUAAAUCCCUAAGAACGGCUGAGAUACAAAGCCAUGCAAAGACCCCACCACCACCAAAGACCCAAAGCCUUGGAGACAAUCACGAUCAUCAUGGUGAUAACAACAGUGAUCCUGCCAAUGAUUGCAGUACUUGUGGCCAUCUAAAAGCAGAUGGAGAAAAGCAAUUAGCCGAAUCUCUGGAGUCUGACUUAGCUGCUCUCAUCGACAGUCAUCUUUCCAGCGUUUACCCUGUCUUUACGCCAACAACACGCGCAGUUUUAUUACGUGAAGCACGUGCCACACUCGAGAAGACCUAUCACGGCUGUUUGUUGGAUUUUCAAAGUCAGUUUUUAUGUAAAUUUGCAAAAACUGCAACCGUAUUGAAAGAGCGUCAUAGAAUCGGUGAGGCUCUGAUUUGGUGUCAAGGAUGGCCUCUAGUAACACCUAUUGGCGAAGUUAUACUUCAUUUGGGGGGUCUUGAUGACGAGCACCUGAAACCGGCCGAAAUAUAUUUAUGUGUAAAACCAGACGAAAGUAAUAACGAACCACGUUUGUAUGCCACUUGGCGUACGCCAACAGCAAAUAACGUUGGCAAAACUAGAACAAAAUUGGCUAUAGCGAACACAGCAGCCACAACCCCCAGCACCACAACGCAAUUGCAAACUGCUGCUGAAACGCGAUCAGGGUCAACUUUGAAAAGUUGUCAACUGGACAUAGACGAUAACGCAUUGUACCUGAGCCCCCUAGCACUCGAAAUGUUAAGUGACGAUUUGCCGCAACUUUUGCAAAGUCUCCUCAUUGGUGUCGAGCAUAGUCUGGAGCGUUUGUCGCUGAAUCAAUUGCCGCCGCAGUUGACUACACAACAAUCAUACAAUUGUGAUGGUAACGCCGGGGCCAAACCAAACGCCCUAUUGUGCGCGAGCAAAGAUGCGGAUCAGCUCAACAACAAUAAGGCUUCGGCGCCAACAAGCAUGGACACAAUAAAAACGGCCACAUCAAUGCAGACAACGGCGACACCACCCCUGGCAAUACCAAACUCUCCCAAAUGCAUUCUGAGACGCAGCGAAUUGAUUACCAAAAAUAACAAAUUGCACAACAGCAAAUACAUGCUGCGACGCUUUACCAAUCGCCAGGAUAGCAUGAAUUCAACAUCGUCGGGUAACAGCAGCGCCAGCGGCCUGAGCACUGCCUCCAGUAAUUCCAGUGAUUCCGCGUCGUAUGCAAAAACGCAUUUAAAUCACAUCAAUAACAACCACCCCCAUCAGAAUGGACACAUCAAAGAGCCUGAAACCAAAACGAACGACUGCAAUACAUCACCUGCCCUGCCCAGAUUUUGUCUGGGUACCUCAUUUCCUCACAUUGACAGUGACGAGGAGAAUGCCGAAGAUCGACGCAAUUCCUUAAUGGAUGAUCAACUGGAAAGUGAAAUUGUAGCACCAAAUUUAAUUACCGAUCUACCCGAAAAACUACUCUUAUCUGGCAUCUAUUUACCUGGAACACAUGAUCUUAAAGGAAAUCCAUUGGUGACGGUCGAUGCUGAAAGCGUUCUUGCUGCUGGCCUCAAUUGUUAUGAAAUUGCCACCUUGCUGCUGUACUACAGUACGAUACCAGAUAGUUCGUUUCACAAAUCCAACAAAACUCAGUUAUCCACUUCACCUACGAGUUCAUCACCUAAAAAUCAUUCAACAUCGAUGGCAACAAGCUCAGCAGCACAAUCCUCAUCAACAGCGUUGACAACAUCUACAACAACAGCAACAGCAACUUGUACCUCCUUAAAUGACAACAUGCCACAACAGCCCCAGCAACAGAAAGUGCAACAGAAUCAGCGCCAUAGCCAAUUGCAAUCCGAACAAGUUGCAAGACAACAACAAUCACCAUCGCCACUACAACAGCAGCAGCAACAACCAGAGGGACAUGUAACAUUUUCAAUUUUAAUUGCCAUCGAAAAGUCACAGCACCUGUGCGUAAUCGAUUUAAUUAGCCAAAGUUUAAGACUCCUUACACGACACAUUGCGUAUUGCCAUCUCUUGGCCGUAUGCCUCGAUUCCAGUCUGCUGCAAUCGCCGAAAAUAGACAACGGUGUCGCCACCACCAUCGCCAGCGCCAUUGAGGCAACAUCAACAACAACAGGCGCUAAUGAUGAUGUGAAAUCGUCUGACAUUACGAAUGCGAAACCAUCAAAUGUUGAUUCGAAUGGCAAUUGGCGAUGUCAAAAGAAAAGCGAAACACACACGAUCACCUUCAUUGGCGUCGAUGAAGUCACGGCGCAUUUGGCUGUGACGGAGACCCCCAGUGGCCGUCUGGGGGGUUUACAUCACCAUGACGCACGGAAAUGGCGUGAAUUUUUCGUGCACUAUGAGCCAUUUUAUCAGCAGUGCGCGGGUGCAGCACAGCGUUUGGUGGCGGCCCUGAAUGACAUACGACAUGCCGAUCUGCAGGGUUUGCCAACCAGGCGUCAAUUGUAUGCCCAGCAUCGGGCAUUGAGUCGUGCCCUGAUGGAUUCUGAAUUGCAUAAUUUGCGCAAGCGCAGUGCGACAACAAUGGCACGUUUGCAGGAGUUGGCCAAAGGCAUUAGCCACAAUGGUGGCAAUAGCCAAAAACUCAAUGGCUAUGGCAGCCUUAAAGGCAAGGCUGUCGUCGGUGUGGGGGGAGCUGCAGCCGGCUAUUACAGCAGCAGUAAUACCCUAAAUCGCAGCAAGAUCAUGGGUAACAGUGGUGGCAGUAGUUAUAGCUUUAAUUACCAAGGCAACCAAAAUAAUAGAAGCAACUCUAAUAACAAUACUCACAUUAGUCACAAUGUAACAGCAAUCGCAGCAACAACAACAACAGCCAAAUCAUCAUCGACAACAUUAUCUAACCAAACAACCCAAGCUAUGGUAACAACAACAUCAGCACAACCACCGCCUCCCACUUCUAUUACCAUUAAGUCAUCCAUUUAUACAGCAUCCAUGUCAACAUCUACGACAUCAACAUCAUCCUCAUCCAUUAACCCAGCUAGUCGUCCAUGUAUUGCGACCCAUCUCAACUCCUGCCAUGGCAGUCUCCCAUCUGCCACCAACUUGCAUGUUGGCCUUAGACUACAGAAGGUAUCAUUGCUCUUCAAUGAAAUCGAUCGUGCCGCCAAACGUUUGGAGCAGCUAACCGAACAGCGCCGUGAACAUUUGCGCGAAUUAACACGACAGCGUGCGCUUGAAGAUGAAAUUAAUGAGGUGACUUCAUGGAUAACAAAUGAUGGUAGCGAAUGCCUACAACGUUUCAUUAAUCUGGAAUUGGAUUUGGAUACUCCAAUGAAAGAAAGGGAACACGAAUUUGAAAAAUAUUAUUUCAUAUCCAUGAAAAACUUGGCCAAAGGUCGUGACCUACAUGUUGCUGCUGCCAAUAUGGACUCACUACAGGAUAGUGCCAUACAUCUACGACAAGCUCUUGACAAUUUUGCUGAAAAGCUUGAAAAUGCACGAGAAAGAAUUGAGGGAUCAAUGCGUUUGCAUCAGCUCCUCACUCAUAGUGUUAAUGAUGAUAGCAAUCAGCAAGAAAUCGAAAGAUUAGCAGAAAAGUACGGAGUUAAAGGCCUCUUGGAAAAACAUCGCGACAAAGAUAAUAUAAUUGAAGGAGGUAAUCGACGUAAACCUGAUAGCUUAAAUUUAAGUUACAACAACAACAACACCAGCAAUGCCCAUAAAGCGACAAAUGUUAUGUCUCAAAUGACUAGCAGUACUCCGGAUGUACCGAAGAUGCGUUCAUUGUGCCAUAGAUCGAGUAGUUAUGGUACCGGUUCCUAUGACGGUCCCAAUACCUGCCAAUGCUGGCGCGACAGCAGAAAUCUUGACUACAUGGAAGAUGAGAUGUUGGAUAAUGACGAAGAAGAGGGUCGCUCGAAAAUCGCCGAUUCAGGUGUUGGCGAAUGCCAUCGUUGCGAGGGGAAUCCGAAAUUGACCAGAAUGUGUUCAUGCCAAAGUCUAAACGAGGAAACGGAUAAUUUAUUUAAGAAAAACGAUGAACUCGACGAUGAAUGCUUCGAGCAACCAUCCAAAUGUUAUAUGAAUAUCCAUUCUCCUCUGGAGGCCAACAAACACUUGCAAUGUUUUGCUUCCACGUUUGAAUUGCCAAAAUUAGAAGAAUUGAGCUGUCUGGAUCCAAAAAUACAAAAAACGCUCCUCUUGAUCAUGCGAGAAAUGAUUGGCACGGAACGUGAUUAUGUACGUUCACUUUACUACGUCAUUGAGAAUUAUAUCGAUGAAUUGUUGCGCGAUGAUAUACCACAAUCGUUGCGUGGUCAACGCAACGUCAUCUUCGGUAAUAUCGAAAAAAUAUUCGAAUUUCACAAUAAUCACUUUCUCACCGAAUUGGAACGAUACGAAAAUAAUCCACUGAAAGUGGGUGCUGCCUUUCUACAAAUGGAAUCGAAAUUUUACUUGUAUGCUCUCUACAACAAAAAUAAACCAAAAAGUGAUACACUCAUGAGUGAAUAUGGGACGGCAUUUUUUAAGUCUAAACAAAUUGAACUAAAUGACAAAAUGGACCUGGCGUCUUAUCUGUUAAAACCUGUCCAACGUAUGGGAAAGUAUGCACUUCUUUUGCAGCAGCUGGUUAAAGCAUGUAGCAGUGUUGAGGGUACAGCUCUUCAGGAAAUAUCCGCCGAUGUUGAGGAACUUCAGAAAGCAGAAGAAAUGGUAAAAUUUCAACUUAGACAUGGAAAUGAUUUACUUGCCAUGGACUCAUUGCGGGACUGUGAUGUGAAUGUCAAAGAACAGGGACGAUUAUUGAGACAAAAUGAGUUUCUGGUGUGGCAAGGACGCGGCGGCAAGAAAACACUGAGACAUAUUUUCUUAUUUGAAGAAUUGGUAUUAUUCAGUAAAUCUCGAAGAUUCCCAGAUCAUAAGAAUCUUGAUAUAUACAUUUACAAGAAUAGUAUCAAGACCUCAGAUAUUGGCUUAACAGCACAUGUCGGCGAUUCACCUACCAAAUUUGAAAUUUGGUUUAGAAAACGUAAACCCGAAGACACUUGGACUCUGCAAUGUAUGUCGGAAGAUAUUAAGAAUGCUUGGACAGAAGAAAUUUCAAAAUUACUUUGGACUCAAGCGAAAAGAAAUCGAGAGAUUCGCCUUGCUGAAAUGUCUUCAAUGGGCAUUGGUAGUAAACCUUGUCUAGACAUAAGGCCUAGUAAUAAUCAAAUCAAUGACAGAUCCAUAACCAUUAGCCAAUUGGGCAAAGCUCCCAAACUUCGCCAUUCUUUUGUGGGAUUACAAUCGGAACAAAAUAAAGGAGCACGCCGUCCCACAUCUUUAAUAUCGGAAAGUUCCCUUUCGAGUGGUACCAGCAGCUCCUCUCUAAGUAAAUCCUCAACCGCCUCAUCAACAUCAUCUGCCCACAAUCAUGCUCACCACUAUCAGCCCGGAGUGGGGCUUGAACUCAUAAAUGAAUCUCAAACCUUAGAUCAGUGCGAUGCUGGGAAAUCAUUUAAUCACCAUCAGCAUCACCACAUACUCAAUCAAAAUCAUAGCAUGACUAAUGGAAAUGGAAACACAAAUGGAACAAUGAAUCCCAGGAUUCGGAAUAAUCAUAAACGAUCGAUUGUCAGCCAAAUGUCUAUGGAAAGUGGUAUAAUGUCUGAUAUAUGCAUGACACCUGAUCAGGAUAAUAAUGACCUAAUAACUUCCUGGCCGUCCAAUCCCGCAGAUGCCUUAACCUCUCCAGUAAACAACAAUAUCGCCAAUAAAUUCCACUUUAAAUGCCAUACCUAUGCUAUGGGAAAGAAAAGCGACUUGCAACACUACCAGCAGCAGCACCAUCUACACGCCAAGGAGUGUUCAAGAAGUAAGGACGAUAGCGCCGAACAAGAAGUUCCACAGCAUCAAACACAAACUUAAUUCAAAUUCUUUUAGACUACCCAUAGUUUGUUAAUAAAAGAUGUAUUUCAUUUAUCACAUUCACUACUUAGAUUUAAAAUAAUAUUAAAAAUUAAGACAUUUGCCCAAAAUGUUUUACAGUUCUUAACAUGUAUGAUGAAAUAGCUUUAACAACAUAAUGGAUUUGUUUUUUUCCCCUAUUUCUGGUAAAAACAAAAAUUUAAUAUUUUUCUCUUGGAAAAUUUGAAUUUCUUAAUUUUUGUACUUUUUAAUUUAUCCAAAUAUUAAUUUAUUUUUUCGUAAUUGUUUAUACGUUUUCCCCAAUUUGAAUAUAAAUAUUUUUUGUUAUUUAUUACUACAGUUAUUACAUAUAUUUUUGUCUUUAUUUCAUUUCAAUUUGUAUAUUUUUAUAUUUAAUCAAAAGUUUUGAUUGUAAAUUAUCUUAACCACCAACACCCAUCCACAUACACAUUCGAUAGCAAAAGAGUAUAUGUGAACGAAAUGUCCAAAUUCAUAUAAAACAAUGAUUUUAAUAUGUGUUUUACAACAACAAAAAUGAAACAAAGAAAUAUUACUUAUUAAAUAAAUGAAUAGUUUGCAAAUAAGUUAAUAAAUUUGAAUAAAAUU